CUUCCCUCUUGCCUCGCCCCUCCUUCCCAGCUGGUCCCUCCUCCCUCUUGCUCUGAAUCUGCCGGCUGUGCUUUUUCCUCGCAGUCACUGGGAGAUGUGACAGCCUUUGGGAUUGUAUUAUCUAUGAAAAAGCUAUAUCCGGAGUUGAAAAAAUCUUGACGUGGCUCCCGGGCAGCAGGGAUGGAUCGUGCAGAGAAUCUCAGUCUCGAGCGCCUUUUCCUUUAUGGCAGGGACUGAUUAUUUCCGCUGGUGGCUGUUCUCUCAGUACAGAUGCACGAUGUUCCGCAAGAAAAAGAAGAAACGCCCCGAGAUCUCUGCUCCACAGAACUUUGAGCACCGUGUGCACACCUCGUUUGAUCCAAAGGAGGGGAAAUUUAUUGGCCUGCCUCUGCAAUGGCAGAAUAUCUUGGACACACUGAGGCGGCCCAAACCUGUUGUAGACCCUUCAAGGAUCACCCGGGUGCAGCUUCAGCCUAUGAAGACGGUUGUGAGAGCCAGUACAUUUGAAGUGGAAGGAUAUAUCUCUGGGAUACUCAAUGACAUCCAGAAGCUUUCCCUCAUCAGUUCAAAUACCCUGAGGGGGAAAAGUCCCACGAGCAGGAGAAGAGCCCAGUCACUGGGGCUUCUGGGAGAAGAUGGACCCACUGACAUGUACCUACAGUGUGCGGAACCAGACUGGGCAGACAAAUACGGAAACUACCUCAACUGCAAUGGUGGGAGCAAGUCCUCGAGACGGCAGACUUUAUGGCCAGAUUAUAAACCUGCAUUGGACGGACAGGCUCACUCCAAUGGCCUCGUAAUGAAAGCGCAGUCUCUUGGCCCUUCAGAAUUCCAGGGCGCAAACAGCCGCUUUAUCCCACUCUCCUCAGGUUUUCAGCGCCAGCAAUACAUCCCGGUUCCUGAGGCAAACAGUGAAGAUGCUGGAAGGGGAUGGAGCUCAGAAGAGCACUACGCUCAGCCUAGCCAGGGGAGCCAAGCUAAUUCAAGGCCGCCCGGGGAAGGCAGCCCUGGCUCCAAAUCGAGAGACAACAGCUUGAAGAGGAGGAUCUUGAGAAGUGUGUUCCCCUCGUCCAGCGCCUCAAACAAGAUUGGAAACAGCCAGCAGAUAAAGCCCAGUCCUUUCUUCCGGCCACCACAGCACUGGGGUUCACCGCACAGCCCUGCCGCCAAAUCCCAGUCCCUUCCCUCGGACCAGCCAGCGCCAGAGUAUGCUCGUAUUUCAGAAGCUGGGACCCCUCAGAAAUCCCCGACCACAGAGACUGCAGCGGCCCUCCCUCCAGGCCGGCCGUCACCCGCAGGGUCCCCCCGGAACAGACACACCCAAACCAGCUCCAGCAACCUCCACCUUCCCUUGGACUCGAAAGCCCAGCCAUCUAGUGAGGAUCCGGUUGUCGUAACUCACGAGCAGUUCAAAGCUGCUUUGAGGAUGGUGGUGGACCAAGGCGACCCCAGGACGAUGCUGGAAAACUAUGUUAAGAUUGGGGAGGGGUCUACAGGUAUUGUCUGCAUUGCACGCGAGAAGCAUUCUGGACGGCAGGUGGCAGUGAAGAUGAUGGACUUGCGGAAGCAGCAGCGACGAGAGCUCCUUUUCAAUGAGGUGGUGAUAAUGAGAGACUACCAACAUGACAACGUGGUGGAGAUGUACAAAAGCUAUCUGGUUGGUGAUGAGCUCUGGGUGCUGAUGGAAUUUCUCCAGGGAGGAGCCCUCACGGAUAUUCUGUCCCAAAUCAGGCUGAAUGAAGAGCAAAUUGCUACAGUGUGUGAGUCAGUCCUGCAGGCGCUGGCUUACCUGCAUUCCGAAGGUGUGAUUCACAGAGACAUUAAGAGUGACUCCAUUCUCCUGACCCUUGACGGAAGGGUGAAACUCUCAGACUUUGGCUUCUGUGCUCAAAUCAGUAAGGACGUCCCCAAAAGGAAGUCCUUAGUGGGGACACCGUACUGGAUGGCUCCGGAAGUUAUUUCAAGGUCUCCAUACACCACAGAGGUAGACAUCUGGUCUUUGGGAAUCAUGGUGAUCGAGAUGGUGGACGGAGAACCUCCUUAUUUCAGUGAUUCUCCAGUCCAAGCAAUGAAGAGGCUCCGUGACAGCCCUCCUCCCAAAAUAAAGAAUUCUCAUAAGACAUCUCCAGUUUUAAGAGACUUCUUGGAAAGGAUGUUAACACGAGACCCGUUAGAACGAGCAACAGCCCAAGAACUCCUUGAUCACCCCUUUUUGCUUCAGACGGGACUUCCAGAGUGCCUGGUGCCCCUUAUUCAGCGGUAUAGGAAACGGACCUCCACCUGCUGACCCCAAACUUAAGAAGCACCUAGUAUAUCAUAGUGUUUGAAUGCAGCCUUUCUCUUGGAGUUAUCAGAUCAAGGGCAGCCUAGCCCUGCGAACAUGUCUUGGAACAUGUCAGUGUCCUUUCCGAGAUGCGAGAGGGAAUUUUCACCAUCUUUAGCUGCUUUUUAAUGUUUAAACUUUUUCUCUUUUUCAUUGCUGAAGACAAUCAAAAGCUGGACUCGUACAAGUCUUAAUAUAUAUAUUGUGAAGCUUCUGGGAUAGUUCCUAUUUCAGGAGUAUGUUUGGUGUUUGUAAAGAAGAUUCUCGCAACUUGAUUUGUACAUACCUGCCAACCUCCAGACUUCAUCUACUGACUGAACUGGAAGAACAUUCCUCUCGCAGGAUGGCAUUUGUUCUUUAAAACACAUUUGAAGGUAGACAUCCUUACUUUAACCUGAAAACAGGCUUCUCCAACUUGGUGCCCUUCAGAUGAUUUGGACAGUGAUGGCUGGGGCUGAUGAGAGAUGGGGUCCAAAACAUCUGGAUGGCACAAGCUUGGCAAUGGGCUUCCCUAAAACAAUCAUCUCAUCUCAUGUAUGGGCUACCCGAUCCUGUUACAAAAGGCUCUUCUACCUUGUUUCCUUUCAAAUCAUUUUUCUUUCUUUCUUUCUACAGUAGGGACUAAUAUGGGGCCUAUGGCUUUUCAAACCUUAAGAGUGGUCUGUCAUUUCACAACCUUACACCAGCUGGCAAGCAGUGCUUCAUGGCAGACAUUUCUCCAGAGAUGCUGGAACCUGAUGCUUGAAACUCCAUGGCAUGUAAACGUAGUGCCUUCUCCAGCAAAGACUGGAAGUAGAAGGCAGCACAAGGGUUGUCCAGAUAAGAACUUCAGUUUGCUUAUAUCAAUGCCCCUCUAAGUACACUGGACUUGACCAAGGAUACGGCUUUGAGGCAGCUGCUGGGUGGUGUUUUUCACCAGCUCUGAAUUCUGUAGCAAGGUCAAUAAAAUGUUGACGCUCUCCCAUUCCACUGAACAAUGUUUGUUUUGCCAGUGAGAAUGUUAAGACUCUACCUACCUCCUAUGUUGUUGAGAAUAGGGGAAAUGCAUGGAACAGAGUUUAAAUGUGUGCUCAUGGUUCUAUAAUCUCCUGGAUGUAGGUGGACCACUUCUAAUAUUCUUAUCUAAGGUUGAUGCAGAAAUUUUAUAUGGUUAAGUCUUAUCUGUGUAAUGUCCAGAUCAGUUGGCACCAAUUAGUUUAGGUUGUAUUAUGUGUGUUACUGUGUGGAGCAUAGUUGUAACAUAACUGGAAUUCAGUUUUGUGAUACAUUUGGGAAGGAGUUCUGGAAAGUGGGGAGGGGUAGGUUGGGGGGGGGUCAGGUGUCACUUCUACUGCCUCAUAAUCUGCCCUUACACAAUCCACCAAGUUGGUAAACACAUGAAAACGUGUAAAAACAGCAACAAAAAACUUGAAAUAUUGUGGGGAGAGCUUGUUGUAAAAUAUGUCUGUAUGUUCCAGGAAUCCUGUGCAAAAAAACUCCCAGGUUCCUUCCUUCCUUCUUUUUAACUUAAUUAUCUGAAACAAAUAUUUCUCCUUUCCGUGAGUUGUUUGCAUUUGUUGUUUUAAAUUAAAACACAAUUUUGAUUAUUCAUAAA